AUGACAAUCCCCGUGACGAUUGAUGCGGCGCUUGUGCGCGAGCAUGCAUACGAAAAUAGCAAGUUGCUCAAGCUAGUCUUAAACCCGGAAGUGCGGGUGCCUAAGGGAGGUUACAAAUCUAUCAAGGAGUACGGGCUUGGAUACUUCAACUACGUGCUUGGUAUGCAGUACCAAGUCACGGAUGUUAGUGUGCGUGAGCAGAUACGGGACCAUUUUUACAGACACUUCAACAUGUAUUUUUCGGUGUGGAUGGUGGCCUUUGUGGUGUGGGUGCUGUACGUGUCCCAACAGAGUCCGGCCAGCCUUAUCAGCAAUGGAUUCCGGCGCGGUAAGCGCAAGGGAGACGAGCUGGAGAUGGUGUACCAGCAUAUGAAGGUCUGA